ACUCUGUUGUGGUAACAUGGUGGACAGAGGAACUGUUGUGGUGGUGUGAGAGAUUAAAAGGGAUUAAUUAACACAAAAUAAGACAUCAAACUGACAAUGACACUAUGUUCUUGUGGUUUUGUUAUGUUUUUCCUAUUGUUUGUUGUGGGGUAAUUCCGGAGGCACUGAACAGCUUAACGUAGUUAGUUGUCCAUUGUCUUUGAGGUAUCCUUGCUUGAACUGAAAUACAUUAAUCGGGUUGAUGUUAACCUAUAAAUAUUUAACCUGAUGUCUUUUCCUCCAGAUCAGCGAAGCUGCAUCUGUGAGCAGAACACACAGAACUAAUGGCUUGUACGACACAGUCUGCCUUAGAUUAUGUCAGGAGUGCCAGAAUCCACCUUGUGGGAGAGUUCAAGAAUCUCUCUGUGAUUUUGGAGAACUUGUAUCAGAAAAAUGUUCUCAGUGAUGAAGAAGUCAGCAAAAUACAAGCAGAGAGGGAUGACUAUGAUAAAACAAGAAAAAUACUGGACUCAGUUAUAAAAAAGGGGGAAGCAGCCUGCUACGAGUUACUCAGGAUUAUUGACACAACGAGAAAGAGGACCUUAAAGAGUGAUGCUUCCACUGAGGCCAGGAAGUUUGACCUGCAUCACUGGAUCAGCUGCUUUUCUUUCAAGGAGGACCCGCAAGGGGAUAUAAACAAUUUACAAGGACCAAAGUCAUGCCACAGAUACCAGGCCAAGCUAAAGUCAAAAGCACGGAGGUUAUCAAAUGAGUUUUGGAUGACAAGUAGAAAACUGUUUGCAGAAAAGAAGCUGGAUCUGUCGUACACUUCACUUGUAUUAGAUACACAAGACAAUGUUUCUCCAUCUAAAAUAAAGAAAUUUAAGAGAAAGAAAAGCAAAAUGAUUCGCCCUAAAAAGCUCAGGACAUACAUCCCUGAGGACAAAGCAGAAAUUUCCCCCAGUGACCUACUGAAAACAUAUAAGAACAUAGUCUUGGUUGGGAAGCCUGGAAUCGGAAAGACAGCUCUCACUCAUGAAGUGCUGAGACUCUGGGCAGAAAGAGACAACAAGGAGUUAGACUACAUGUUUUACUUUGAUAUGAGAGAAACAUCCAACAUCACAGCAGCCAGGAGUUUAGAGGAGCUUCUUUUCAAUGUGUCCAUUGGACCAGAAGAAGGGGCUGAAGAGGUCUUAGACGAUAUGAAGAGGAACUCUGACAAUGUGACAAUCAUUUUGGAUGGAAUCACAGAUCUCUGUUCAUCAGUGGUGAAGAGACUUGUAGAGAAAGACCUUCUACCUGAUGCAAAGAUCAUCUUAACAUGCAGACCAGCUGACGAGGAAGACUUCUUUUAUGGAGACUGUGUCAGAGUGGAGGUGAAAGGCUUUAGUGAGCAGACAAUCAGAUCAUACUUAUCUGCAGCACUCGGUGAAGAACAAGAGAAGAUUGUGACCAACCUGGAGUUGGUGACUCUUUGCCAUGUCCCAGUGUAUGCACUGAUGGUGGCUGCCUGCUUCUCAUCAGGAGGCUCUCCACAGCCGUGCACUGAGACGGAAAUCUACAUCAAUAUUGUUCGUCACUGUCUUCAGAUAAACAGCAACAAAACAAAGAACAAAGAUCUCAAUUCGUUCAUCAGCACCAACAAGAACGAAAUACUGUCUUUGGCUGAGGUUGCUUUUCUUGCCACCCGAGGAAAAACUGUGAACCUGACUGAAGUGUCCUGUGAAGACAGCUGUGUCCUUUCCUUCCUGAAACCACUUCUUAUCAAAGCCGCCUGUACUGAAACAGAAACAAUAUACGCCUUUCUACAUUACACAGUGCAGGAGUUUUUUGCAGCUCUGUGGCUGUUGAAGAAUCCUGAUCAAAUCAGAGAUGUGUUAAAGCAGUGUCUCACUGAGGAGAUGAGACACAUGAAACAUCUGAUCCCUUUCAUGUGUCGAUUGUUGAGUGAGAGGAAACCUACUUUGAUGAGGCUUCUGAUUCCAGCUGAUGAUCUCAAAAAUACAUCUGACUGGUUCUUAAAGGAGAUGAUAACCACAUUUUCUCCUGGUCUAAAGAAGCAAGGUGUGGAUGACUCUGAGGACAGUGGGCUCAAUGUCGACAUACUGUUCUUAUGUCAGUGCUUGUAUGAGUCCCAGAGUCCUGAGGCAUGCAUCUACCUUCUGGACAGACUGGACUACCAGCUUGACCUCAGUGAAGAGAGUCUGGACUGUUCCCCUUGCUGUGCUCUGGCCUAUGUGCUCAGUCAGCAUAAGGAAAGGAAAGCACAGCUGAACCUAGAGGAUGCAACGAUAUCAGAGCAAGGAAUGAGACAACUGUUUGGAUGUCUGGAAAAUGUCCAAUGGUGUGACCCUCUGCCACAGCAGCUGUGGAAGAUUUUCCUUCUCAGUGACAGACAGAUGGACUAUGUGACCUUGCUUGGUAAAGCUGGAAAUCAGCUACACCUUCCAGUUGAGGGUAAAAGACGUCUGUUUGACAGAGCUGUUGAAGUCAUGCAGAGAAUGACUAAGAAGAUGAAUAAGAAGGUGAAUGUCUGUCUGUACGGGGACAGAGUGACUUCUGUCUGCCAGAACCUGUGUGAGUCCCUCUUACAGGCACUACCGUACAUCAGCUCGCUCAGUUUUAACUCUCAGACAUCAGAACCUUCAGAAGAAACCAGAGUCUUUGGGAAUCUGUUCUGUGCAGCAGCAGAGAGAGAAAAUCAGACAGGAGAGAAGAUAGUGGAGCUGUUAUCAUCAGUCUGCAGAUACAAAACAUUCCCUCUGAAACAGAGAUGGUGUGAUUUCCUCCUGGACCUGUACUCUGACAAGACUGAAACAGGUCUGAGACUCCUUCCAUCAUUACAGUCAGUUUUCCAGUUUCCUACAGUCUGGUCCAUAGACCUCUCAGAGAGAAAGACCUCCAUCCUCCUGGAAGUGAUGAAACUCCAAUCAGAGAAGAAACCAGUGGAGCUGAGAGGCUGCUCACAUGAAGAGAGUGAAGUGAGGAGUUUCCUGCAGUGUCUGCCUUAUAUCUCACAGCUCAGGUUUGAUCCUCAGAGUUCAAACCUUGAAGAACAAACCAAGUUCUUGUUUAAUCUGUUCUGUGCAGCAGCAGAGAGAGAAAAUCAGACAGGAGAGAAGAUAGUGGAGCUGUUAUCAUCAGUCUGCACAUAUCAAACAUUCCCUUCAGAUGAAGAUUAUAUGGAUGAUGAUGAUAAAUAUCCUUGUGACUUCCUGCUGGAUCUGUGCUCCCAUGUGAAGGACUAUGAGACUAAAACAGGUCUGAGACUCCUUCCAUCAUUACAGUCAGUUUUCCAGUCUCCUAUAGUCUGGUUCAUAGACCUCUCAGAGAGAAUAACCUCCAUCGUCCUGGAAGUGAUGAAACUCCAAUCAGAGAAGAAACCAGUGAUGCUGAGAGGCUGCUCACAUGAAGAGAGUGAAGUGAGGAGUUUCCUGCAGUGUCUGCCUUAUAUCUCAGAGCUCAGGUUUGUUCCUUGGAGUUCAGAUCCUCAUCAACAAACCAGGUUCUUGUUGAAUCUGUUCUGUGCAGCAGCAGAGAGAGAAAAUCAGACAGGAGAGAAGAUAGUGGAGCUGUUAUCAUCAGUCUGCAAGGAUGAAACAUUCUCUUUAGAUGAAGAUUACAUGGAUUAUAUGGAUGAUGAUGAUGAUGAUGAUGAUGAUGAUGACAAGAAAGAUCAUUGUGACCUCCUGCUGGAUCUGUGCUCCCAUGUAAAGGACUAUGAGACUAAAACAGGUCUGAGACUCCUUCCAUCAUUCCAGUCAGUUUUCCAGUCAGCUCCUACAGUCUGGUUCAUAGACCUCUCAGAGAGAAAGACCUCCAUCCUCCUGGAAGUGAUGAAACUCCAAUCAGAGAAGAAACCAGUGGAGCUGAGAGGCUGCUCACAUGAAGAGAGUGAAGUGAGGAGUUUCCUGCAGUGUCUGCCUUAUAUCUCACAGCUCAGGUUUGAUCCUCAGAGUUCAAACCUUGAAGAACAAACCAAGUUCUUGUUUAAUCUGUUCUGUGCAGCAGCAGAGAGAGAAAAUCAGACAGGAGAGAAGAUAGUGGAGCUGUUAUCAUCAGUCUGCACAUAUCAAACAUUCCCUUCAGAUGAAGAUUAUAUGGAUGAUGAUGAUAAAUAUCCUUGUGACUUCCUGCUGGAUCUGUGCUCCCAUGUGAAGGACUAUGAGACUAAAACAGGUCUGAGACUCCUUCCAUCAUUACAGUCAGUUUUCCAGUCUCCUAUAGUCUGGUUCAUAGACCUCUCAGAGAGAAUAACCUCCAUCGUCCUGGAAGUGAUGAAACUCCAAUCAGAGAAGAAACCAGUGAUGCUGAGAGGCUGCUCACAUGAAGAGAGUGAAGUGAGGAGUUUCCUGCAGUGUCUGCCUUAUAUCUCAGAGCUCAGGUUUGUUCCUUGGAGUUCAGAUCCUCAUCAACAAACCAGGUUCUUGUUGAAUCUGUUCUGUGCAGCAGCAGAGAGAGAAAAUCAGACAGGAGAGAAGAUAGUGGAGCUGUUAUCAUCAGUCUGCAAGGAUGAAACAUUCUCUUUAGAUGAAGAUUACAUGGAUUAUAUGGAUGAUGAUGAUGAUGAUGAUGAUGAUGACAAGAAAGAUCAUUGUGACCUCCUGCUGGAUCUGUGCUCCCAUGUAAAGGACUAUGAGACUAAAACAGGUCUGAGACUCCUUCCAUCAUUCCAGUCAGUUUUCCAGUCAGCUCCUACAGUCUGGUUCAUAGACCUCUCAGAGAGAAAGACCUCCAUCCUCCUGGAAGUGAUGAAACUCCAAUCAGAGAAGAAACCAGUGGAGCUGAGAGGCUGCUCACAUGAAGAGAGUGAAGUGAGGAGUUUCCUGCAGUGUCUGCCUUAUAUCUCACAGCUCAGUUGUCCUCCAGAGUUCUUCCAGUCUGUGUGUUCUUCCAUCUCUGUGAGGUCCAGAGAGGACGUCCAUCAGUUGUCGUCUCUGCUGCAGCUUCUUGACUUCAACCUGAUCUUAACAGGAAAGUUACGCAGGAAAACCUGUUGUUCUGUGGGGAGAGUUCUCCAUCUCUGUGGAUCUAAAGUGGAUCUCACCCUCACAGCCUUAAAGAUGUCAGUCAGAGGAGCCUCCAACCUCUUCAGAAGGACAACAUGUCUCCACAGUCUGAGACUUUCCAACAACAUGGUCCCGUUCCUGUGUCAGUGGAUCAGAAGAGGCAGACUGGUCUGUCCAUUAGUAGUUGAAGAGCUUCAUCUUGUUCCUCAGACAGUCCAGCCAUCAGACAGAUUAAUGUUGGAGGUUGUCAGUAGUUUAUCUUCUCUGCUCAGAUACUGGACAGUCAGACUCUUAGACCUGACUGAGUCCUGCAUCUCUGCUCAGUGUCUCAUGUCUCUGCUGCUUCAUGAUGGUCCUCUAACACUCAAACUGAGUGAAGAGAUUCUCCAGCAGCUUCUGACCCUCGUCCAUGAAGUCCAGGACAAACACUUGACGUUGUCCUUGUUGAGUAAAGUUGGAGGAGACCUGAGCUCCUGUCGUCUGGACUGGGAGCUUCUUCACUACCUGCUACAGUCGUCAGAUCAGAUCAUCACUGUGAACCUGAGGAAGAACCGGUUCCUGCAGGAGAACACUACUCGACUGCUUCCCUUUCUGGACAGGAUGGUGUUGACAAGGCCCAGUCCCAGCUUUGUGAUGACCUCCAUCAGAGAACUGUACAGAGCUCAGGCCGGUCUCUCUGUACCAGGUUUACUGAGGUCUUUGGAUCAUGUGAUCAGUCUGAGCUGUAGAGAGCUGGACUCAGUGGACUGUGCUGCUCUGCUCUUCGUCCUCAAACACAGUGACAGAGUGAAGCUGAACCUGCUGUGGACGUCCAUACCAGGAGAGGGACUACAGUCCAUCCUCUCUGCACUGGACAGAGUCUCUCAGCUCAGUGUCGACAGGAAUCAGCUGCUGAGGUUCAUCCACUGCUGUGCUGCCUCUGACGACCAGCAGGGGGCGUCGUCAGGUCUCCUGAGGACUCUGCAGCACAGCUUGGACCUGUCCUGCUCCUCCUGUGUGGAGACACCAGAGGAGGCUCAGACUGAGUCUCUGAGUCUGACUGGUGACGACUGCAGGGUCGUUUCCACCGUCCUGAGACACAGCAGCAUGGACACACAGCUGGACCUGAGACACUGUGAGGUGGAGGACAGUGGACUGGAGCUGCUGUUUCCUGUCCUCGACAGGGUCCAUCUGAGAGUCAGUAAAACCGUCCUCCUCCAGCUGGUGUCCCUGGUCCCUGUCCACAGUGAGGAGGACACGGUGAGACGGGCCGUGUCCCUGUGUGGAGCCCUGGGUGGAGAGCUGGAUCUGAGUCACAGUAGACUGGACCAGAGGACCUGUGGGGCUUUGGUCCAGAUGCUGGAGUUCAGUGAAGGUCUGACGGAGCUGGACCUCAGUCACUGUCAGCUCACUGACCAGCUGCUGCUCCCACUCAGCUCACAGCUGCACAAAGUCCAGGUCCUGGAUCUGAGUCACAACCAGAUCACUGAUGCUUCCACUGACCUGUUACUGCAGCUGCCCUCCAUCAACCCCUCCAUCCACACUGUGCGACUCUUCAGCAACAAAAUCAAGGACAGAACCCCCUUCAAGAAACACCAGCACUUUGAAAUAUGGUGAAGCAGCUGUUCUUCAGGUGGUAACGUGAUCUUCAUCAUCAAUCAGAGAAUCAUUGUUUUUAUCCGUUGAUCAUUGGGUGAAAUGUUGAUUGUGGUGAUAUUAGUUUAAAAAACUCUAAUUAUUUCAUUUGUAUUUUUUAAAUGAUGAUCAGGAGUGUUAUAUAAGUGAUUGUUGAUACAAAAAUUACUCCAGAUUAUUCUUUUAUGGAACUCUUAUCUAUGACUGACACCAUGUGAUGUUAUAUUUAAUUACAUCAAAAACAAAGAAAGGGUGUGUUACUAGUUGGUUUUGUGUAUUUUUAUUUUGUUUUGUUUAUUGAUAACUGGAUUUAUUCUAGAAGAAUGAUCUGUCACUCUCUGGUAUCUUUAAGAAAAUACUAAUUAAAAUGUAAAUAUUUCCUUUUACUUCAUAUUCAUUUUCUCUGAUACUUUAUUAUGUCCAUUUGAAAAUGUUAUAUUAUUUUACUUCAUUAUAGUGCUUCAUUGACUGUAAACCAGUUCACAACUGAGAAACUUUGUGUCAAAAGCCUUUUUUUGCUUUUAAUAAACUGUAAUUCACUUUUAUUCACUGUAACUAUAAUAAUUGCUCUAAGAAAUGAAUGUACACCUGCAGAAUGCACUCAGUGAGUGUUCAAUAAAGAUUCAGGUGCUUUAAGCUA